AUGGCACUGUCACAGAUGGUGCUUGAAUCUAAUGGUGCCUCAAUCUGGAAAAUGGUUGUGGCUAUGUCCAAAGGUGAUGAUGGCGAAACCAAUGGUGUUCAUAUUGAAAAUGGUUUUUCAAAGAGAUUUCUUAAUGGUUUUGAUGAACAUGAGGACAGUGAAAGUGAUGAAGAUUCUGAUUCACCUGAGGUUCUAAAGCAAUCCAUAUUAGAGGGUCCAAGAGUAGCAAUUGGUUUUGAUGAUGGAUGUGUUAGAAUUUAUACUAUAUCUGAUUCAAAUGAAUUUAUAUACUUAAAAUCCUUGACCCGGGUAUCAGGACGAGUUUUAAGUGUGGCUUGGAGCGCCGAUGCUAAAUUCAUAUUUUCAGGGAGUAGUGAUGGGAUAAUACGUAUCUGGAAUGCCAAAUCAGGUCUUGAAGCCCAUAGGAUUCAAGCUAGACUCGGUGGUGACAGUGGACAUGAACUUUGUAUAUGGUCACUACUGUUUUUGAGGUCUGGGACACUUGUUAGUGGAGACAAUAGUGGGAGCGUCCAGUUUUGGGAUUGGCAAAAAGGAGCUCCGUGUCAAGAACCUAUUACUCGUUACAAGGGAGAUGUACAUGCUUUGGCAGCAACCCCUAAUCACAAUAUGGUGUUCUCUGUCGGUUCUGAUGGAAAAGGUAUGUAG